GAAGUUUUACGCGAGCAUACUUUAUCUGAGGCAUUUGAUUGGGAAUCAUUGUGAGGACAUGUUUCAUCGGAGGAAUUCGAUUUAACAUCAUCUCGCAUUGAUAGCUGGUCUGUCGUUAAUGGUCUCCUACUUAAUCCGUCUAAAUGUCAAGCUGUUAACUUUAGCAUGAGACAUGAUCGGCAUUUAAACACCUUUUUGAGAUCUCAUAAUGCUUGUGCCAUUGGCGACUCUUUGAUAAACACAGUGUCGACGGUCAAUUAUCUUGGUGUUACCUUUUCCUCUGAUCUCUCUUGGUCUUCUCACGUUUUAUUGUUAUCGAAGAAGGUUUUCCGUCUGACAUACUAUAUUAAGAGGUUGCAUGCCUUUGGGAUCACUCGUCAUUUACUCCUACAAUUUGUCAAUUCUUGCAUAUUACCUAUUAUUCUGUACUGUUCUCCGUUAUUCUUUCCCGGGCUUUUGAGAAAAGACUUUGCUGUACUGCGGAGAGCGCUGAAGGCAGUUACCAAGUUAUGUGGUGAAUCUUUCGAGACCAUAAUUAAUAUGAUUGUGGAUAGACAUCUAAAGUCAUGCAAAGUCCUGGCAGAUGUUAUUUUAUCAGAUACUAACCAUCCCCUUCACUCAUAUCUUUCUCCUUGUAUAUCUUCUGGUAGAACGAGACGAAAUUACAUUAAAAUCCAAGCACGCAAGCAAAAGUAUAAACGUUCUAUAGUACCUUACCUAGCAAAUGUACUCUGUGAUGAACAGGUUGUUAGAGUUAACCUAGUCAAUAAUCUGCAUUCUUAACAUGACUCUAAUUGGAAAGUUGUACAGUUUUUUUUUCAGAUUUUUUUUAAACCGUUUUUUUUCUUUUGUUCUGUAAAAGAAACUUGUUGAAAUAUUUUUGUGCUGAGAAUUCUAUAUUGUACCAAAAUAUAAUAUUGAAUAAAGCUAUAAAUAAAUAAAUAAAUAAACUAGACAUUACAUUAGAAGCAUUUGAUUCAGAAAGAUUAUGAGAACAUGUUUCAUCAGAAGCUUUUAAUUCAUGAAUAUCAAAAGAACAUGAUACAUCGGAGGCAUUUGAUUUAGAAAUAUCAUCAGGAAUUUUGAUAGACUCAAAGGAAGCAUUUUGAGAACAUACCUCAUUUAAUAAUUUAUUCAAGGUAUCAACCUUCUCAAUCCAGUCUAAUCCUAAUAGAUCUAAAUCGUGCCGAUUUGUAAU